AGGGGGUUCUGGGUCCAGGAAGUUCAAAAUGGCGAUGGACGGAAUGAUGUCCACGUCUUCGGCUCUGUCUUACCACAAUGCCGGGGACUUUUACCCCCGAAAGUUCGGCCCGAAGCCGGACGUUGUUCCGUCCGGGGUGACGGAGCGUAAAGUGGGUCCGCUGGACAAACCGGACAUGGUAUCGGUGGAUGUCAUCAACAUCAAGGAUGCAGAUGUCCCGAUGCACAGGAAGAAGCACGAACAUGACACCUACGUCUUGGGCACCAUUCAUCCCUUUAGGAAGACGCACAGAUCCAUCUUUGGGAAACUCCUACAAGAAUUCAGACUGGUCGCCUCAGACAGACGGUCGUGGAGGAUCCUGCUGUUCGGGGCUCUGAACCUGCUGUGUACCGGAUGUCUGCUGAUGUGGUGCAGCUCCACCAACAGCAUGGCCUUAACUGCCUACACAUACCUCACCAUCUUCGACCUGUUCAGUUUGAUCACCUGUCUCAUCAGCUCCUGGGUGACCAUGAAGAAACCCAGUCAGGUCUACUCGUUUGGGUUUGAACGAUUGGAGGUUUUGGCUGUUUUUGCUUCGACUGUUCUUGUCCAACUUGGAGCUUUGUUCAUCCUGAAGGAAAGUGUGGAGCGCUUCAUGGAGCAGCCUGAGGUCCAUACUGGUCGUCUGCUGGUCGGGACGUUCGUCGCUCUUUUCUUCAACCUGCUGACUUUACUGUCCGUCAGGAACAAGCCCUUCGCUUACGUCUCAGAAGCCGCCAGCAGCAGUUGGCUUCAGGAGCACGUAGCAGAUCUGAGUCGAAGUUUGUGUGGCAUCAUUCCAGGUCUCAACAGUGUGUUGCUGCCUCGCAUGAACCCGUUUGUCCUGAUCAACGUGGCGGGAGCUCUGUCGCUCUGCAUCACCUACAUGCUCAUAGAAAUCAAUAACUACAACGCAGUGGACACGGCAUCGGCGGUCGCUAUCGCUCUCAUGACCUUCGGGACCAUGUAUCCCAUGAGCGUUUACAGCGGCAAAGUCCUGCUGCAGACCACGCCCUCCCACAUCAUCGGCCAGCUGGACAAACUGCUCAGAGAGGUGUCGACUUUGGACGGAGUGCUGGAGGUUCGCAAUGAGCACUUCUGGACUGUUGGUUUCGGAUCUCUGGCCGGUUCUGCUCACGUUCGUAUCCGGCGUGACGCCAACGAGCAGCUGGUUCUGGCUCAUGUCACCAACCGGCUGCUGCCUCUGGUCUCCACGCUGACAGUCCAGAUCUUUAAAGACGACUGGACCCGGCCUCUCCUCACCGGCGCCCUCACCUCCUCCUCCCCGGCUGCUCCUCUGGGUUCUGCUGAAGGCUACUCUUCCCUCUCCUCCUCCCUGCCUCCUCUGCUGCUGUCCCCCGGAUCAGAACUCGACCCUCUGACCUCCACUCCAUCCAAACUCAGCAGCCCUCCUCCAGAGUUCUCCUUCGACACUCCGGGUCGGAACGUGCAGCCGGUGGUCCUGCCGGCUCCGGGUCACCAGGCCCACAGGCCCUACGGAGGCCUGGGACUCGCCUAUGGACCACCACCGUACACGGGGAUGCUGGGUCAGGGCCUGGCGCGGCCCGGCAGCGGGCUGGGACUCGGUGUUCAGGGCCUAGGAACCGGGUUUGGACUGGGGAUGGUGGGAAGCUCAGUGCCUUCCUCUCAGAGCUACAGAACUGCCUUCAGCGGGUCUACGGCGCCGCUCCGGUUUGGAACCAGCAACCCUCUGGCUCCACAGUCACAGUACAGACAGUACCGACCCUGACUGAACCGAACCAGACCAGAACUGCUUCACUGCUUUCAAAUACUUGAACGAAAACAUGAGCGGAUCAGUUUUAUCCACGAAGGUCAAGUUUGUUGACUCAUCGGUUCAGAUAUUUGAAAGAUGUACGUCAUGUUUGGGUCCAGCGGCUGCAACAUUUGCUUCAGGUUCUGGAGUAAAAUCUUGUAGUUUGACGUUAGAAGACAGACUCGUGUAUUUAUUUUCCUGCCAGUGGGACCAAAAUGGUUGAAUUUAUUAUCUUUGAGUUUAUUUCUUUUUUAAUCAAGAUUUUGGGAAGCAUCAUAAUGAAGAAGAAAGCUGAUUGCUCACAUUUGUUUUACUGUUUUCUGCUUAUUUUGUGACAUAAAACAAGAAUUAAAUCAAAAUCCAGCUGUAUGUUUUAAAUUUUAAGCAUUAAUGGCAGCCAGUGGUGAGAUCUGACAGCGAACUCAUUAAAGGGGAACUUCGGUUUUUUUCAACCUGGGGUCUGUUUUCAUGUCAUUUCAUACGUGUGAGUGAUGGAGAAAUGAAUUUUUGACAUAGCUCCAGUAUUCUCAGGACGCUAGAAAGCAAAUCUUGUUCCGAAAUCGCACGAUAGCUCGCACCAGAGCUCUCGCGCAAUUUCGGAAUGAGAUUUGCUUUCUAGCGUCCUGAGAUUUGGAUACAGACCACAACAAAGAGCGAUCACCAGGUAAUGUGGAGGUUUUCGUUCACUUCUCAUCUCUAGUAUGUUGUGGGACACUCAUUGAGACUAUCCGAGCCGGUCAGUGCGGGAAAAAAAGCACGUUAGGGCGGACUUUGACGUGGGGGGACAAGUUGCCCCAUACUUUUCGCUAGCUGAGCUGCUAAGCUGCCUGCCUGGCUAAAUACUGGAGCUAUGUUAAAAAUUCAUUUCUCCAUCACUCACAUGUAUGAAAUGACACAUGAAAACAGACCCCAGGUUGAAAAAAAACGAAGUUCCCCUUUAAAUAAAGGAGAAAAAAGAAAGAAUAGUCUUUAUUGGACCAAGUUUAAGAAAGAAAUGUUGACAACAGGAAGGCUUCCAGAAUACAGAAAAUUAUUGAUUUUUAGAAAUUCCAGUUCAUUCGAGUGUAAAAGUUUUUUGUCCUGAAUGUUCUGUGGCCACUUUUCAAUGAUUCAACCAUAAAAUCCUGUGUUUAAAACCAAAACAAAAGUUAAUUUUACAUUUCCAGUCUGCACAAUCUGUUUGUUUCCCAUUUGGGAUAAAAUAUGUUCUUGUGUUUGUCCAGAAUUAAAACUUUUUGUGGGUUUUUCAGGGUCGAUACUAAUCAAGAAGAGUAAAAUCCUGCAGUUUCUCACUUCAAAACAACCCAGAAAGAAGAAUGUAGUUAAAACAUUCCACAUUUCAGCACCUUUAGAGCUCAAACUGAGGAUUAUUUGGGUACUUUGCAAGUAAUUUUUUCAUUGAAUGGUUUGGGAUUUGGUUUACGAUAUUCCUGAAAGUUGAAUUCUUGAAAUGCCUCGUUUUAUACGACCGACUAAACCUGUCUGACAAAUAUUAUGUUCCCGCACAGCUAAACUGCAUUCUCAUUUAAAGUUGAAUGUGUUUUCUCGUCCAAAAAUAAGCAAAAAGUUAAGGAGAACAGGCUUUGCGUCUUGUAUGGGAUCAUAUUUCUUACAUAAAACAACCUCUUCUGGUAACAAAUUUGUUUUUAUCUCUUUAAAAUUACCUUAAAGUUGUUUUUUAUUUUCUAGAAAACACGUCAGAAGCCAAAUAUGCAGUAAAUCUUUAGUUUUAACCUUCAAAAACUCUGAAAUCAGUCUCAAAACCACAGAUUUAGGCUUCAGGAGUUUCAUAUGUGAUACGUGAAGGUUUCUGUAUCAUUAUUAGUCUUCAGAAUUAUUUUUAGGAUUUAUUUUGGCUGAAUUGAUCUAACAUUGCAGCAUCCUAUUGUGUAGCUGUCGAGUAGUUUUACAGUGUUUGAGUUAAAAUUUUAUCUAUUUUUGUGGAAAAAGCUUCUAAAUAUUCUCAGAAAACUUAAGUCUUAUAGAAGUUCAAUUAAUGAUCAGAGAUGAGCUUUUAAUUUAAUUUUCACUUGUUUAUUUGUUCUAUUUUGGAAAAUAAUAUGUUUUUUGGUUAGAAUAUGAUCCUUUGGUAACUUGUUUAAAGCUUUUCUACCAUUUUCUGGGCUACCAGGUUGACCCACUACCCACUUGUUGAUUAGAAAUGUGACCAAUAAACAGCAGAAAACACACUCAAAAUGAGAAUGCAGUUUAUUCAUAUAGGACUAGACCAGCAAUCAAAAACAGAUUUAUUAUCAUUUAAAACAAAGACAUUUUUAAUAACUUAUCAGAUUUCUUGCUGUUCUCCCACUCUGCAGACUCCUUUUUUUUGUCUUGUUCCACCUAAAAUAUUCAGUAAAGACUUUAAAUUAAGGAGGUAAAGAUUGAAGCUGUUCUGAUUUUUUUUUAUUAAACUCUUUGUACUCUGCUGGUAAUGUUUGGCUGUGAUGUUGACGAGUAAAUUUCAUUUUUUUCCCUGUUUUUAUGUUUUAUUUUUAAAUCUGAACUCGGGCUGAGUGUCACAGAACAGAAGCUCCUCUGUGUUUUAUUUCAGACAGGUCAAUGGGUUUUGGUGCCGUUCAAAAACGUGAAUUAAAUCAAGUUAAAUAUGCGACGCACAGCUUUUUUUCCUCACAGAGAGACGACUGUCGGUGACGCUCAGCCUCAAUAAAUCAAACUUCAUGUAUUUAAAAGGAACCACUGGGCCUCAGUUAUUAAAGACAGGUCAUGAAAGUUGUUUUGCUCAUCA